AAUUGCGUUGCAGGUGCCCUUCUAUUGCAACAUGGAUUGCUCUUUGAAGCAAUUGCUUGACAACAACAUUGCCAGCAAGAAGGAGUGGAUGACUGAGUGCAUCCCUUUUCCAUCGAAAGAAGGGCAGGAAGUUAAUCUAUGCGAUUACAUUGGUCUAGAUUGUAAACGCAUUGGAGAGUGUUUUAUGUUUCCGGAAGGAUACGACUCUACCUCAAAUUGCCGAAAUAGUCUAGCCAAGGCCAUUAAGAUUGCUGCUGCAAAUGGAAAGUUUCCCUUAGUCGAACGAGGAUGGGAUGCAAAAAAGAGGCGACUACGUUUUGAAUGCUUUAGAAGUAGAUCCCAUGAUGCGGAUAGGUACAAAACAAAACAAAACAGUCUAUCCAAUGUGGCUAUAAAACAUCGCAACGUUUCCUUCAUACGUCCACAAAAGGGAAAAGAGUGUCCUUUUCGGUUCAGUAUUUUUUGGAUGACAGAACAUAAACAAUGGUGUCUUUUUGGAGGUGUAAAAGGCAGCUGCAGGUUUCACUGUCAUCAUUUACCAAUGGAUCCAUGUGAGGUAAAAAAGAGUAUUUCCUAUAUUGACGGUGGUGAAGUAAAAAUAGCACUUGAUGCAGCAAAAAGUAAUGCCCCACCAAGCGUGAUUGGGCGGCUGCUGAACAUACGAACUGGAGAUAUCUUGUCAGGUUCAUCUCUAAAAAAUAUACGGAUGCAAGCUGAAAAAGGUGAACGGAACAAAUUUGGUGCAAACGAUAAUUUCACGACGCAAGCGGAUCAACUUCUAGCUUAUCUUGAGAGCACCCCGGAUGUCAGCUUCUGUGCCAUAUAUGAUGAACCAGAUUCCCCUUUAUUCACUGUUUACAAGCAGAGGGCAAAAACUGGACGUCGGCACCUACACACCAGUACACGGAGUAUCUCUGGAGGAAUUGCCCAACAAGAAGUGCUCAAUGAAAAGGUGCUAGAUGCUAUUGAUCCAAGGGGAGAGCUUGAUGACUAUAUAGAUAGGACGCGGAGGGCGUUCAAGUUGAAGGGCAACGAAAAAAUGCUUUUAGGAGUGGCCUGGACCAACAACGAGAGUAGAAGAAUCUUUGCUCGCUAUUCCGAGAUCAUGGUAGCAGAUGUGACAGAAGGUACCAACAAUGCAAAACGGCCGCUGUUUUUGUUUUCGGGAAAGACAUCAAAUCAAAACACGUUUACAGCACUUUGGGCCUUUCUACCGCAACAAUCUCGUUGGGCCUUCCGAUGGGUGUGGACAAGAUGCAUUCCACAGCUCUUACCUGAACAGGGGCUGAACAGAAUGCGUCUAUUGAUUACUGAUGGAGACCCGCGAGAGUAUGGUACUUUUUUAGAUGCAAUACCUACUUGGUAUAGCUUGUGUCGGCACAAACUAUGCCAUUGGCAUCUACUCUAUCGCGGCAGUCUUAUGAAAGCACAGACUGGAAACUGUGGAACAAAAGCAAAAAUUCUAUUCCAUGUGGUCCUGAAGUGGAUAGAAAGCUGGAUGACAAAAAUUGAGACGCAAGAGGAGUACAAUUUGUCAACUGGGCUUUUGAUUGACUGGCUGAAAUCUCCGGAGGCACUUGAUACAAAUUUGGGCGGAAUGGGUUGUGCCCUUGUUUCGCAGAUAAAUGCAUUUUUGACGUCCUCUCUGUUUCCGCACGAGCAACGCUGGGCUCGAUACCAUUUUCUGAACGUGAGAGCAUUCAACACGUCCGCAAGUUCCUACGGAGAAGCAGAGAACAGUGCUCUAAAACGACGGGGUGAUGGGGUCAAGCCAAACUUUUCGGUGCCAAAAGCAACACGGGCAAUAAACGAAGGGACUCAAUUGCGAACAGUGAAGAGGCAACAAAAAGCAGUUCAUAACCUCAAUGCUACAAAGAAGACAAAGGCAGCAAACUACACCAAUAUAUCCGACCUAGUAGAUUGCAUACAGGAAACCAUAUCCCAUGAAUUCAAUGCAGCCAAAAAAUAUGACCUCUUUUGCCCGGGUCCAAAAGAAUUUUGGGUAAAGCGAGCAUGGUACCAAAUUCCAAGCGAGACCUACCAGGAUUUCAACGACAGCAACUUUUGCCAAUUUAUGAUUCCACAGUUUGAGCGCACCCGCAUCGUAAAAAUUACGGAAAUUGAAGGUGAACUCUAUCUGGAAUGUAGUUGCGGCAAGUUCCAACGACAAGCUUCUCCAUGUGCUCACAUCUACAAAGUACUUAACCGACCACCACAAUCAACAGACGUUUCUGUGAGAUGGACAAAAAUUUGGGAUGUUUACCUGCAUCGACCUGGAUAUCAUGAUCUGUCGGACCAGUUAGAGGAAUUGUAUAAGAAGGAGCGGCCAGGGCCACAUUUCGAAAACACAAAUCAGUGGGAAGUUGGAAAGGGUGAGAGAGAGUACAACUAUUUUAAGAGAUCACUUCCAAGCGAGCCCACCAUUAUCCAGAAGUACAGCAGAUGGGCUGAUUCUUUUUCACGACAACCUGGAUGUUAUGUGCAUAAAAGCACUGAACAGGAAACAGUUCCUGCAGCAAGCGGUAUGGUGCAAGAGUUGACCAGCCUUUCCCAGGGGUAUGCUAUUGAAACUCAAUUGGAUAGUGAAAUGGAUGUUGGAGAUGUAACUGUCAUGCAGGUUGAAGAAAUUGAUUCAAAUCUCUCAAAAUCGGGUAAAAGUCCAUACACAAACAAUCUUCAUUUUUACGAGGAAAUCUCAAAACUUGCCAAAUUCAAUUCAAAAGCUGCUGACAUAAUGACAAAAGGAAUGCAGGAAACUUUGGAAUUGCUACAGAAACAUGUUGCAGAAGGGUCAGGUAUGGUAGAUUACAGUAUUGGCCCAGCUAUUGGAAAAGAACCAGUAGGCCAAAGGCUCAGGCCAAGCUACAGUCCUUCAAAGAGCAAGAAUCUAAGAGACAGACAAAAAGAAACAAAGGCAAAAUUUUGGUGGCUGAACAAGUAAUGAUAGUGAGACCUAUUUGUCAUCAUGAGAAGCAUUCUAUAGGAAAAUGUUAAAGACUGUAGCAUCCCUCAUUAUAAUUGUGAGCCAUUCUUGGCACUCUUCCUCUGUCAGAACCAUCAUGCCUUAUACUAGAGUCCUCAGACCUUCCAAUGCAAAAUCACUAAGGUGUACUUGUAGCCCCAACGUAUUGGCCAUUUCCAAGCCUUUGGUGUCAACGCCGGCUUUGCUUUCAUUGUCACCUUUGUUGACGGCUGAAGGACGGAUACGGCAAUAGUCUUUUACCAUACUCAGCUCUGUUUUGAGGACCAAGCCCAUACCGCCAGCAGCAGCAACAUGCCCGAAUCGACGCUUAUUGAACGGCAAAGCGGCGUCUUCCACAGUAACAGCUGUAGUGGCACAAAGCGCGGAAUCCGGAUCCCAACCAAGGCAGCAGCGUUUCUCCCACAGCAUUAUCCCCGGCCACAACCACUACUUG